AUGUCAGCAAAUCCGCUUCAGUCGUUGAAAAUAAGAAUUCAAUCCCAAAAGGAUGAACUGGACAAGAUUAAGGAUGAUUUAGAAUUGAAAUGCAAAGAAGUUGAUGAUGAAAAAAUGAAGCGUUCUUCUAUUGAAUUAGAACUGACAGCCUUGUGUAGAAGAUUGAAGCUGAUCGAACAGGAAUACAACCUCGCCCAAUCAAGACUCGAGAGUGCAAAAGAAAAAUUGAAUUCACUUGUCGAAACUGCGGAACUUAGCGAAAACCACAGGAAGAUGUACGAAAGUCAGGUGAGCGUCAGCGACGAUCGGUCGACGAGUUUAGAUCAGCUAGUGAAAGAAAGUAAAGAAAGGGCAAACAAUGCAGAAAUUAAAAUGAAUGAAGCAUCAAGAAAAUUAAAAAUGCUUCUUAACGAACUGGAUAGAGCUGAAGAAAGAGCCACUGAAGCUGAAAGAGCUAAAGUGGUGACCGCAAGAUUUGAAAACGUCUGCAAUAUGGCAAUCGAAAGCCGAUAUUUGGCAAUUGUGAAACCGAAUAAUUUGAUGGAGUUUGUAUAG